AUGUACAUCAGACGUCCACCGUCAACCAGCACGCACAACGCAGCGGGAUCGUGCCAGUCCAAGUCUCUGGCUUUUCUGCACAAACCGCAGCGGGUGUCGCAGGCCAAACCGGCGUAUGCGGACGACUCGCUGCGACGGAACACAGACCUCAACCGCGGGUCGAUUUGCGUGGUGGACGACCAGGAAGCGGACGACUAUUUCUCUCGACAGCUACAGCAGCUGCAGCAGCAUCAGGAACAAGAAUAUCAGCAACCAGGGCCUGCUGCCAGCAGCGAUUCCAGCUCGUCGGCGUUAAAACCGGACGAUCCGUCGUGGGAUGUGGCAUCGCCGCUUCGAGUCAAUCCGUACUUUCCUUUGGAACGGGACGAGAGCCAGGAGCACUUUCUCAAUAGUGAGAACGGUGCGCCACCGCUGGUACGCAAGAAGUCCGGCGAGGUGGUGCGUUCCAAUUUGAAACUCGCCCAAAGAUCACGGUCUUUGCCUGCCACACCUAGCGGUCGAGAGCCAGACAAGCGAGUAGGUUUUGCAGCACAGUUCUGCCCCCAGCGUAGCAAGAGUGUUCAUUUUGACCGCCGCGACGUGGUAUCCUACAAAUAUUUCCGUCAGGAGGACUCACCUUUGGACGUGGCAGCCCAGGACGUCUUGGAGGGCCCUUUGGACGACACUAACCAGAAACAAUUAUCGAUGUCGGAUGCAAGCGAGUCUUUGACAGGACCCAAUGGCGAACCACUGGACCUGACCAUGACAAUGUCUAAUUUACGGCUCGAGAAAAAGGCCUCUAACGGAUUUGGUCUUAGGCGCAGCAACCGGUACCAAAAAUUAAAGGCAAACGCACCUGGAAUAAGAAACGGCCUUAAGGGGAAUAAUCAAACACGCAUAACCCAACCGGGCUUGCACAAUGAAAACUUUCCCACAUUAAACGUGGGCGAUCGAACCAGUCUUAAACUUAACAUUUUUUUGAACAUUGCGCAUAACAGUCAAUGUUUCUUGCAAGAAUUAUCUCUGGUCAGCGACCAACACUACCUGAUAGGUCAUAUUUUGGUCAAAAACAUUUUCUUUGACAAAAAAGUCGUUGUCAGAUACACUCGGGAUCGCUGGCGCACCACAAACGAAGUAGAAUGUGUUUGGGUCAGUAGCGGUAACGAUGAUUUGCCCGGUAGGGGAAUGGACAGGUUUAAGUUGGUAAUCGAUUUGGCCACACUAACCAACGAUACGAACUGGGGCGGACCUGCCAGAGGUUCACCUGUGAAAAAGGCAAAUGAUGCCACAGAUGAGUACGCUAGUAUAAACCUCGAGUUUUGCAUUCAAUACACCACGCGUUGCUCUGAACAACGCCUUGAAUUUUGGGAUAAUAACGGGGGCCGCAAUUAUGUGGUAGAAGUGGUAACUCCAAAACCGCGUAUGGGAUUUACAGAUCCCUUCAGUGGAGGAUAA